UAGCUGCAGUCACCAUCAGCACAUUUCCAGCUUGUGUAAACACAAUAAAGAGCCGGGGUGGCCCUGGGGUCACGUACACGUCUGUGAAAGUUUGAUUCUGAUUGAGACAAAGCAGCACUGUGGACAGAAGUACUGGCACAGGACAGACACGAGGGGAAAAGGAAGAACUGAAGCAGUUGUUUUAGUCGCCUGGAUGUCAAAGUGCUGCACUGAGAGGGAGGUCGCUGUGCCGAGAUGGCGAUGGUAUGCCUGACAGACUUUGAGGAGUACGCUAAGGAGCAUCUCUCAAAGGCCACCUGGGAUUAUUACGCAGCCGGAGCCGACGAAUGCUGCACCAGGGACGACAAUCUGCUGGCUUACAAAAGGAUCCGUUUGAGGCCUCGAAUCCUGCGGGAUGUGUCCGUGAGCGACACUCGGACCACGGUUCAGGGGACAGAAAUCAGCUUUCCAGUCGGCAUCGCACCGACGGCCUUCCACUGCCUGGCCUUUCAUGAAGGAGAGGUGGCCACGGCUCGCGCCACGGAGGCUCUGAACACCUGCUACAUCACCAGCACCUACUCCACCUGCUCCGUGGAGGAGAUCGUGGCGGCGGCGCCCAACGGCUACCGCUGGUUCCAGCUCUACGUCUACCGGGACCGGAAGCUGUCGGAGCAGAUCGUGCACCGGGUGGAGGGGCUCGGCUACAAGGCCCUGGUGCUCACCGUGGACGUGCCGUACACCGGGAAGCGCCGCGACGACAUCCGCAACCAGUUCAAGCUGCCGCCGCACCUCAAGGUCAAGAACUUUGACGGAGUUUUCCAGGAGACGGCGGGCCCAGAGGAGUACGGGAUCCCGGCCAACACCCUGGACCCGUCCAUCAGCUGGAAGGACGUCUACUGGCUGCAGUCCAUCACCCGCCUCCCCAUCAUCAUCAAGGGCAUCCUGACCAAGGAGGACGCCGAGCUGGCCGUGGAGCACGGCGUCCAGGGCAUCAUCGUGUCCAACCACGGGGGCAGGCAGCUGGACGGAGGCCCGGCCUCGAUCGACGCUCUGUCAGAGAUCGUGGAGACGGUCCAGGGGAGGAUCGAGGUCUACGUAGACGGAGGAAUCCGAACCGGAAGCGACGUCCUGAAGGCUCUGGCCCUGGGAGCAAAGUGUGUGUUCAUUGGCCGUCCAGCAGUGUGGGGCCUGGCAUACAAGGGUGAGGAAGGAGUGAGAGAAGUUCUCCAAAUCCUAAAUGAUGAGUUCCGUCUGUCGAUGGCUUUAUCAGGCUGCAGGAACGUCGCUGAAAUCAACCGGAACCUCAUUCAGUUCUCCAGACUCUAACGGACGGGGACUGGAACCCACAAGGAGCUUCAGAUUUCACCGUGAAAUUCAAAGAUUUUACCUCAGAACUCUUUUAUCUUGCCAGGAAAUCAGGGAACGUGUGAGCAGCUUCCAUCAGUUUGUGUCUGACGGGUUGGAGUGAGAGAGAAGUUGAGGGUUUAGUAAGUGAACAAAGAAAGAGCUUUUGCUUUUAGUUUAGAAGGGAUGGAGGCACUUCUGAAGGUUUUAUUGCAGUGGAAGAUGAUAACGCUCUGUACGCUUUAUUUUGAAAUGCUGCAAGUGACGUGGUUCAAUAAAGGCCUGCUGAGGUGACAACA